AUGAAGGUCGCCACGCCGCCGCCGCAGGGGCGUCCGGGCCUGCGCCACUUCCACUCGACGCCGCCCAAGCCGUGGCUCGUACCCGUGGGCCUCGCGUGCGCGGGACUGUUCGUGGGCACGCGCUACAUCCUGCGCGCCCAGGAGCGCGUGAAUCGGAGGCGCGCUGGUUUCCCGGGCGAGGGCGACGAAGGGGACGAGGACGACGACGGCGCGUCCUCGCUCAGCAAGAUGCAGCAGGUGCUGGGCGUGGACGUCGGCUCUGCGAAUCUGCGCGUGGCCGCGGCGUCGCUGCUGGACUCGGCGCAUGCGGCGCGCGUGAUCGAGAGCGCCGACGGCCUUCGGGCCACGCCGGCGGCCGUGGCGGUGGACAACGGCAGUGUAUCGGUCGGCGCAGUCGCCAGGGCCUUGCAGGGACGGAAGCCUGGCUACACGGCAACAGCCACGAGGCUGCUGCUGGGAGAUGCGACGAGAGAGAGGGACGAGCUGGUCGAGACGCUGCCGUACAUGGUGCAUCAGCAAGGAGACGCGCUGCGUCUGGAAUUAGACGGCAAGACGUACAGCCCAGAGGUACCAUACCGCGAUGAUUCUCGUUUGUUGAGGAGGUUUUUAGCUGACUUUGAAUGUUUUGUGGGGAUAUUAAGUGGGCAGCGGAGAUCAUGCUGA